ACAUAUUGAUUAGUUAUGUUAUGGUUACUGCAUGUACUUUGUGUUUUGCAGCUUGCUGAACAUACAAGCUCUGUUGAAGAAUGUUGGCUUAGUGUCAAUGUAGACGUGGCUCUGUGGCUAGACUGUCAAACAUACGAGAAAAAGCCAACAUUAAAACGAGUUAGUGAUUUUGCGCUAGUAAAUCCUGUUGUUCAUCAAGAGUUCAAUGAUUUUGCAAAAGCUGAAAUAACACCAGAAUUGCAAUUACUACUAGACGUGGGCUUAAUUAAGGUCAGGGAAACUGACAAAGCACUCUCAUUGCCAAGGGUGUCUCGAUAUCAAAACGUGUAUGUCAACAUCAGCAGCUCUCAACUUGAUGACCUAUGUCUGUGGGUAUAUGAUAUGAGAAAGCUGUAUAACAGUAAAGGAAGAAGUUUAUUUAAGGUAGUUAAUAAGAGAGCAAGUAUGCCUCAAACAUUGUCUAGUCUAACAUCAGCUGCCGAGAGUUCACAAAGAUGGGUACAUGGUCUGGAUCUCAAUGAAACUGAUAAAUGUAUUAUACAAGGCAAGUGUGCCGACGGCUUUCUAACUGACAAGCACAUGCAUGCUGCUCAUCAACUUCUAUUAAAGCAGUUUCCCUACAUCAGUGGACUAGAGUCAACACUCCUUUGCCAGACUUACGGAUUCGCUCAUGUAACAAGUGAUGCUAUUCAGAUUCAUUUUACAGGAAGUCAUCAUUGGGUGACUUCAACCUGCUUUGGCAAACAAGUACGACUAUACAACAGCAAUGCUGGCCUACACUUGUCUCCUUGUAUGGAAACACAGCUGGCGCAAAUCUAUCAAUUGGCUUACAAAGACAACAUUCUCAUGGUAGAACAAAUGCCAGUGCAACAGCAACAAAAUGGUAAAGAUUGCGGGCUAUUUGCAAUAGCAUAUGCAUUUCAUGCAGCUCUAGGAGAUGAUGUAACCAUCAUGCAUUUUGAUAUUUCCAAAAUGCGACAACAUCUGAUUUACUGUUUGGAUCGAGAGGAGCUCUCACCUUUUCCAAUGGAAGAAGACAAGCCAUUGGAAACAUGUGACAGAAGUCACUUUUAUAUUACUUUGCACUGCACGUGUUCGUUGCCAAAGACACAUGGCAAGAUGGUAGAGUGUUACGUCUGUGAAAACUUGUAUCAUGACAGAUGUGUCACAAUGUCAGGUAGUGAGCCUUGGAUUUGCGCUAAAUGUAAAUAAAUGUCUUGCUAUACACAGCUUCAGUAUUAAUUUGUUCAAUUAAUACAUCAACUUUAAAUA